AUGGAGAGUUUCGAUAAUGUAGUGCGGCCUCUUAAAACACUACUCGAAAGCGAGGAGCAGGGUUCAGCAGAUGGAGCUAUUCCCUCGGAGCCAGCACCUCGUAAUAUCGACAUCAAAGACACCAAACAGAAUGGCAACGGUGUGCCAUUCGUGGAGAAUUUAGCUAGCCGCGACCCUUCUCACAAUGUACCAAUGUUUGACGAGGAUACGGAGGGUGGAGAUGAGGAGCCAAAUGUCGCGAAUUCAUUCGAACGGACUUCUUCCCCUUCGACCGGCGCCCAGCGAAGUCGGUAUUUUCUCGAUGGGAAAGUAGGAGAUGAUUGGGUCUCCAGAAUGCACAAGUUCUCGUUAUAUGAAACUUCAACGCGGUAUUACAUGGUGGGCAUGGAUCUGUUGGAGCAACGGUUCCGGAUCCUGAAGAUCGAGCGCACUUCUGCGGUGGAUGAUCUCAAUAUCUCAGAAGACGAUACUGUUUAUACCAAAAGCGAAAUGAAUCAUCUUCUUGAUGCAGUUGAUGAUGGAAACAAAAGCUCUGGUGGCUUAAAGCUUAGAUGUAGUUCCUGGGGCCUCCUGGGUUUCAUUAGGUUCACUGGGCCAUACUACAUGAUUUUGGUAACCAGGAGAAGUCAAGUUGCAAUGAUUGGCGGGCAUUAUAUCUACCAGAUUGACGGCACGGAACUUAUACCACUAACAUCUACAACAUCAGCCCGAACAAAAUCUGAAAAAAGUGCCGAGGAGGCAAGGUUCAUAACUAUUAUGAGUAAUGUCGAUUUAACACGAUCCUUCUACUUCAGUUACUCUUACAACAUCACCCGCACUCUACAGCGAAAUAUUUCCUAUGAACGACAGAGACUUCAGAAAGGGCCUUCUGAUGGUCGCAACGUUGACCAUAAUACAAUGUUUUUUGCAGGAGCACGCUUUCUAAAGCGUGGCGCGAACGAUCUUGGUUACGUCGCAAACGAUGUUGAAACCGAACAGAUUGUGUCGGAAAUGUUGACCACCUCCUUCCACUCCCCCGGACCGAAACUUUAUGCAAAUCCCCAAUACACUUCUUAUGUGCAACACCGUGGGAGUAUCCCUUUGCACUGGACGCAGGAUAGCACUGGUGUCAGCCCGAAGCCCGAUAUUGAGUUGAGUCUUGUUGACCCGUUCUAUUCAGCUGCUGCUCUUCAUUUCAACAACCUCUUCGAGCGAUAUGGCGCACCUGUGUACGUCCUGAACCUUAUCAAAGCCAGGGAGAGAGUUGCGCGGGAAUCCAAACUACUUACGGAAUUUACAAAUGCCAUUACUUAUUUAAAUCAAUUUCUUCCCGAAGAUAAAAAAAUUCUGUACAAGGCUUGGGACAUGAGUCGUGCAUCAAAGAGUCGUGACCAAGAUGUGAUCGGCACCUUAGAGGACAUUGCUGAGGACAUUAUACCAGAGACAGGGUUCUUCCGGAACGGCGAUGAUAUUGAAUCUGGGUUGCGAUUGCAAAAUGGCGUUGCAAGAACAAAUUGCAUCGACUGCCUCGACCGAACAAAUGCUGCCCAGUUUGUCAUUGGGAAACGAGCACUUGGAUAUCAACUCCAUGCUUUAGGGAUUAUCGACGGGACAUCCGUUCAGUAUGACACUGAUGCUAUGAACUUGUUCACAGCCAUGUGGCAUCAUCAUGGAGAUACAAUAGCUGUUCAAUACGGCGGAUCUCACCUUGUGAACACUAUGGCAACUUAUAGAAAAAUCAAUCAAUGGACAGGUCAUUCCAGGGAUAUGGUUGAAAGCGUUAAACGAUAUUACAACAAUUCCUUUCUCGAUGCGCAGCGCCAGGAGGCAUACAACUUAUUCCUAGGGAACUACAUAUUCUCCCAGAGCCAGCCCAUGCUAUGGGAACUCGCCACAGAUUAUUAUCUCCAUCAUUCACAUCCACGAGUGCGGUCGAACAAGUGUAAUUAUAUUGACUGGUUCAACCCGGAGUACUUGAAGCCUCAAGAAACAUCCUGGGCCGUGACUCAACAAGAUGUAGAGAAGCCCCAGGUCGACAACUACGAUGACUACUGGCUGGAAUACUACCGCCCCUUGGCCAUUUCCUCCUUCUCCAAAAUUUUCUCUAAUAAGAUGAAAUCAACAAUACGUUAUCUUCCUUUCCGAUCGAUCCAAGACCCUCAGUACGAUCUAAGUCCAUUUGUCGUACGAGUAAUCAAUGAACCCGAUGGUCGUGAGAAGAAACCAUCCCAGCGAAAAGGCGUGACUAUCCAAGAACCAUCAGACCUCCUAAGUGAAGAUCCAUGGUCCACGAGUUCACGCAUCGAUUCAUCUGCCGUCUCCAGACCUAUUCAGAACUGGCUUCAACAACCGCCAUCUGCCGAGAAUUACCCACCCCAGGCUAGCAUAACGAAACUACCCCGUUUCGAAUUUCCGGACGACGUAACAACCUACAAUGCCAACCACUCACGUACUCCCAGUAAAUCCCAACUCAUCCAAUGGAGCCUAGACGAGCUAGUGUACGAAUCACUUCACCCAUCAGUCUCGGCUGUGGAAGCAGAAGAGUACGAACGCUACAUCAAUCACCCUCUCAAAGUUCCCCUUGUAGUGACUUCAGAGGACACGUUGGCUGCCGCAUCGCUGGCGGAGCGUGGAUCAAAUCUUGAUCUCUUCGAGUACGCCAACAAAUGCGCAGUGGACGAUGCGAACUUAGACUUGUUAGCGGAGGAUAAUUUACCAGACUAUCUUGAGUUUGUCAAUGUGAAUGAGGAAGGAUUGACAGUUAUAGCAGAGGACCAUAAUAAGAAGAGGUACAAACGUUAUCGACAAUGGUUGAGAGGGAAAAGCCUGUUCAAGCAGCGAGUGGAUUCAUGA